AUGCUCUGGAUCGACUGCCCCUGGUGCGGCGCCCGGCCCGAGACCGAGUUUCGCUACGGCGGCGAGGCCCAUAUCGCGCGCCCUGAGCCUGCGGCGACCGACGAUGCGGGCUGGGCCGACUAUCUCUUCAUGCGAAGCAACCCCAAGGGUGUCCACGCCGAGCGCUGGAUGCACCGGGAAGGCUGCCGGCGCUGGUUCAACGCGCUGCGCGACACCGUCAGCAACGACGUGCUCGCGAUCUAUCCCAUGGGCACGCCGCGGCCCGAUGCGUCCGGCGGCGAGGCGGGGAACGAAUAG